GAACCUUUUCAUGGAUGCAAUACUUAUGAAAUCGAAAAGUGUAAAUCUAUAAAAGUAAAUUACAAAAGGAGAUUUAAAUAAGUAUCGUUCAUUAACUAAUAAUCGGAAAAUUCAAAAAGUAAACAAAAGGUUAAUAAACAGUUCAGAAAGUGGUUUAAAAAGUGUGAAAGUACUAUAUUUUUUCUCUGAACUUAAGAAUUAAGCGUAUCAGUGAACUUUCAGAGUUUUUUUGUACUACAUAUUAUUUAUCAUCAGUGGGACGAAAAAGGAAAAAGAAUAUCGAAAGGGCGAAGUGCAAGCUGCAUCAAGUGCAUUAUCGUUCAUUUCCGGGCGAAGACCACGCCCCCCAAAGUUGCCUUUGCGCAUUGCGUUUUGCGCAACUUGUUGGAAUUUUGCCCCGAAUUUCCUCACCCGUCCCGCUAGCCCCGGGUUUGACGGUGUUCCAAAAUAAGGAAAAGCAGCCAGUUUACCAGGCCUUGGUGAAGUAAAGAUCGUUUUUUCCUCGAAAAUAUUUUCCUUCAGCGAAGGCACAGUCAGUGCGCGCGGAAAGUUUUCCAGUGUUCUUUAGUUCGCACGUGUUUAACGAAAUUCGAAAAUCCGUUCGGGCAACACUCUAUUGCAUAUAUCUACGCAACUAUCGACCAGCCUAAUUAGCGGUUUUGAGCAACAUACGAAGAUUACCACAUUGGAAGAUACAUAUGAUUGGAAGUUGAAAAAAAGGAACGUUGAUAAAGAAUUAAAAGAACACAGAAACAGAAAAAGAAAAAGAGGUCGUGAAUAGUAAAAAAUUAGAGUUCGGUGGUAAUACGCACACUGCUUGCGUAAGUAAGCCGGUACUGAUCAAUCAAGCGAUCACUUGAUCGAACGAGUCGGAACGUGUUAUCGCGUUUCUCACAUACAGAUAAUUUUGCCAAGCCCAAUUGCCACGGUAACACAGAUAUGUCAUCCACCGUAGUGACCGUUAAAAAAGCCUUAUCGCAGCGACGAAUUCGUCGUCGCCGAUGCAAAUUCAUAGGAACCUGGCUGUGUCAUCGUCAAUUUAAACGCUGGUUGACACCGGUACGCGGCGACAAUCACAAGGCGUAUUGUGCACUCUGCGACAAGAUCUUCUCCGUAGCUCACGGAGGCCUGCACGACGUUCGUGCGCAUUGGAAAGGUAAAAGACAUAUCAGCCUCGAGUCGAGUCUCAGCCAAUCGCAGCGGGCGCAGCGACUGCAGCGUGCAGCCGGAUUGGUCGACAGGAGUCAUCUGGUCCCGAGUGCAUCAUCCUAUCGGAAUCGGAAGCUGCUGCUCGGGCGCGUCGAGCCCGACGAUGUCGAGUUCUGCGAGCAGGAGAAUAAGUUGGUCGUGAAAAAGAGAUUUGCCGAAAAAAAGGCGCGGGAGGGUAGAAGUCAGGGUGUUGGAAGUUCUUCCUCUGAAAAGAAAAGUGAUACCCAAAAAUUUGAGGCUGAAGACGUUGAAGAAUUCGAGGACUCGGACAGGUUCGAGUUCGAGCAGCAGUCUUACGAAGACGACGACGUAGACGAGGAUAUUGCUCCCGGGGAGGACGGAGGCAACGAGACGGCGAACCUCAGCAGCAUAGAGGGUGUAGUUGAGGAGGUGGUGGUGCCAAGCUUGCGCAUGCUACAGCAACGCAACGGUUCAGCUUCAGCAACACCGCCCGCUACAUCCAACAUGUUCCCUCAACAAUACUGCCUAAGAUGGAAGUACCACCACAGCAACCUGCAGACUAUGUUUUCGCAGCUGCUCGAGAGGCAAGCCUAUUGCGAUGUCACGCUUGCUUGCGAGGGCAAGACACUCCGAGCACACAAGGUUGUCUUGUCGGCGUGCAGUACGUACUUCGACACAAUCCUAUCACAGUACGAAGAAAAGGAUCCAAUAGUCAUUAUGCGUGACGUAAAAUUUUCCGAUAUCAAAGUAUUGGUGGAGUUUAUGUACAAGGGAGAGAUUAAUAUCGAUCACACGAGGCUCUCGUCCCUAUUAAAGACUGCAGAAGACUUGCACAUCAAGGGACUCGCUGAAGUAAGUUGGCGGAGUGAUUCGGGGCAAAAUGACCUUGCAAAUAGCGGUCACAGUCCUGGUGCAGCAACGCCUGGUGUUGAAACCGUCCUCAGGGAAGGAGAUGUAGAUGAACCACCUAUACCAAAACAGAGGCGUAGAGGGCGUCCUCCUCUGGAUGAUCCGCCUUCAGCGCACGAUGUCUUCACUCCAAAAAUCACCUGUAUCACGGGAAAUGUAGGGACAGAGGGCUCAUUAGCUGUAAACCAGCAGCAGCAGGAGGAGAUGAUGAGCGAGGGCGGCGACCAUGAAAGUUGGGACGAUGAAAUGAUGAUGUCGAAUGAAAAUAACGACCCAUCCCUUCCUAUGCUUUCUUACUUGUCUAAAGACGAUGGAAAUGAUCUUGAAAAGAAAGCUCCCAACGCACCUUCGAAUUCAAACGCGACAAACCCAGCGAUACCCGAACAGUUUCGAGACGUUGUCAAAAUGAAUGAUUAUUUGACGACGGGUCGACGCCAAGAAUUCUGGGAGGAACCGUUCACGCGACGCGUUAUGGACGCAAUAAAAAGCAAGGAACUGGAAAUGAAGACUGCAGCCGAAAUACUCGGAGUUUCAUACGGAACUCUUUAUGGAAGAUAUCGUGACAGUUAUGGAUGCCUUAAACACCCAUACAGCUUUAACACUUCCAGAGUGAGGGACUUCUGGUCCGAGCCAGGCCCGGCGGAAGUCCUCGCGAAAUUACGACGGAAGGAGAUCACCCUCUUCCGAGCGGCAGAGUUUCUGAAUGUAACCGUCCACACGCUAGCCACUUAUCUAUCGACGCUCCAAGGUCCAGACAGGAUCUCCUUAGCUGGUGAACUGAGCGGUGGAGCGAGCAAUGUGGACGGGAGCAACGAGCUGGAAAACAAUGAUACAGUGAACGAGAUCCUGCAGAAGCUCAACGUAAAUGUGAACACGACCGCAGUUGCGGCUCCUACGACCUCAACCCCGAUAAAGAGGGAAGGCGGCGGCUAUAUUGAAGUUCCAAAUGUUGUUCAAAAAGCAGCCACGUCGGUCCUCGAAAACAAUCCGGACAUCACCAUCGUCAAAACGGAAAAUAUGUCCCGGAAACGAGAAUUUGCCAAGGUCUCGAGCACGGAGAACAACAAUGCAAAGCUGCUGAGUGGCGGUGCAGUCAGUGAAAUAACACCUCAGCAACAACAGCAACAGGUACUUCAGCAGGUACAGCAACAGCAGAAAAUCUCCGAACAACUGUCGCUCAAUAACGACAGCAGUAAGCCCUAACUAUUCAGACCGUAUCUGAUCCCGGCGAGCCUCCGAACACCUUAUGCCGGCUACAGAUCUGAGCUGUGUCCGCGCAGAUUUUACUCCAAUGUAUUCACUCGUUUUCUCACAAACUUUCAUUUGAAGUAGAGGGGACUCUCUUCAAAAUCGUGGGGCUUGGCACGCCGAAGAUGGAAGUAGCAGCUCUCGUUGAUCGCUGAAAAUCGUCACUAAUACCCAUUACUGAUUAACCUCAGCUGCCUUCCAACGCUUCCUGGUCGAUAUAUUUUUUAAGCUUCGACGGCGUGUUUCAAAGCGGAGAUUCCACAGUGCGGUUACCGCUCAGUGAUUGAUGUAUUCGUUACUUCAGAAUUGAUUCGCUUCUUUGACGACUUGACGUCGUCGACAAGGGCGACUUGGCCUUCGCAACACACAAAAACUACUGUAAAACAAUGUUCAACCGAAGUUCCUUUUGAGAAUGGAUAAUUGUUGUCGUCGUGUAGAGAAAUAUCGCAAA